AUGCCUCGAUUUGCCUUCCUCGUUGUCGCCGACCCCAUGGCUGACCAGCCAAACCUCGAUAUUCCCACCGAGAUGUUCGAGGUCAUGACCACAUUCAAUGAGAAGAUGGCUGAUGCCGGCGUCCUUCUCCAUGCCGACGGCUUCGCACCGUCCUCUGAUAGUGCCUACCGACUCAAGUUCGGAGGAUCGUCUGGUCCUGAGGUGAUUCCGGGCCCCUUUGAUCUCUCCAAGGAGGAUCAUAUCUGCGGAUACUGGAUUGUGAAAGUCAAGGAUGCUGAGGAGGCAUUGAGCUGGGCAAAGCAGGUUCCAUUCCCCGAGGGACAGCUGCUUGUUCGCAAGCUCUCCGAUGGAUGUGACUUAGGAAAGAGCUUCACGCCUGAAUUGAUUGAGCGUGAGAAGAAGUUGAAGGUGAAGCUGCUGGAGAACCUGAAGAAGGCUGACGAGUAG